CGUGUGCUACCUUCGCACAUGGCGGCGCUCUGGAAGAGGGUCCUGCUGCCCGGGACGCUGCUGGCGCCCUCGGCUCGCCCCCCGGGAUGGCGGGAGGCCACUUUGGGCGCCGAUCUCGGGGGUGCGGUACGAGUGCGCUUCGCCCCCAGCCCCACAGGCUUUUUGCACCUGGGUGGCCUCCGCACUGCCCUUUACAACUACCUCUUUGCCAAGAAACACCAGGGCAGCUUCAUCCUGCGGCUGGAGGACACAGAUCAGACUCGCCUCGUGCCGGGGGCAGCGGAGAAUAUCGAGGACAUGCUGGAGUGGGCCGGCAUCCCCCCUGAUGAGAGCCCCCGCCGCGGAGGUCCUGCGGGGCCCUACCAGCAGUCGCAGCGACUAGCGCUCUACACCCAGGCCGCAGAGACGCUGCUGAAGACAGGGGCCGCCUACCGCUGCUUCUGCUCGCCGCAGCGGCUGGAGCUCCUGAAGAGGGAGGCUCUGAGGAGCCACCAGACGCCCCGGUAUGAUAAUCGGUGCCGGAACCUGAGCCAGAAGCAGGUGGCCCAGAGGCUGGCCGCAAACCCCAAGCCCGCCAUCCGCUUCCGCCUGGAGGCGGCAGCCCCAGCAUUCGAGGACCUGGUACACGGCUGGAGUCGGCACGAGGUGGUCAGUGUGGAGGGCGACCCCAUUAUCCUGAAGAGCGACGGCUUCCCCACAUACCACCUGGCCUGCGUGGUGGACGACCACCUCAUGGGCAUCAGCCACGUGCUGCGCGGGUCUGAAUGGCUUUCCUCCACCUCCAAGCAUCUGCUGCUCUACCAGGCGCUGGGAUGGCAGCCGCCUCGCUUUGCCCACCUGCCCCUGCUGCUCAACAGGGAUGGCAGCAAGCUGUCCAAGAGGCAAGGGGACAUUUUCCUGGAACACUUCGCUGCGGCUGGCUUUCUGCCCGACGCCUUGCUCGACAUCGUCACGAACUGUGGCUCGGGCUUUGCAGAGAACCAGAUGGGCAGGACCCUGCCUGAGCUGAUCACACAGUUCGACCUGACCCGGAUCACCUGCCACUCAGCCCUGCUGGACCUGCAGAAGCUCCCCGAGUUCAACAGACUGCACCUCCUUCGGCUGGUGGGCAGCGAGACCCAGAGGCACCAGCUGGUGGAGAAGCUUCAGGCCCUGGUGGAGGAGGCGUUCGGUGCCCGGCUGCACAACAGGGAUGUCCUUGAUCCAGCUUACGUGGAGAGGAUCAUCUUGCUGCGGCAGGGUCACAUCUGCCGCCUGCAGGACUUGGUCUCUCCGGCUUACUCGUACCUGUGGACUCGCCCGGCCGUGGGCCGAGCACAGCUGAGCGCCAUCUCAGAGAAGGUGGACGAGGUCACCAAGCGCGUGCUGGGGCUUUUAGAAAGAGCUGAUCUGAGGUUAACCCAGGACGUGCUGAAUGGAGAGCUGAAGAGGCUGUCAGAAGGGCUGCAAGGCACCAAGCACAGCAUUGUGAUGAAGCUGCUCCGAGUGGCCCUCAGCGGACAGCUGCAAGGACCGCCUGUAGCCGAAAUGAUGGUGUCCUUGGGACUGAAGGAAGUGCAGGAACGAAUUCAGAAGGCGCUUUCCAGCUAGGGGGAAGCUGUGGAGGCCGGGGGAGGCCGCCCCCGGAACCUGUGACUUGAAGCUGCCUUCAGACCAGGCGACGGCCUGAGGCUCACCCGAAGGGGAGGCGUGGGGAGCCGAGCGUGGAAGCAUCAUCGUCCUGUGCCGCUUGGUGCACUGGAUGCCGCUGCAGACCCGUCCUCACCGCUCCGCCGAGAAAUCGCGCACAGCUGCCUCCUGAGUGGCGGCACCCAGCGCCUUCAACUCUAGGAGCGGAGCUCUUUGCCAGCUCAGUGUGCAGAGAAUUUAGUCCGCAGUCACGUGGUUCCAAGGCGGGCAGCUUGGCAGCGGGGGAAGAGCUCAUGCUACACGAGCAGAGGGCAGUGGGGGGGGAGGCCCAACCAGGCGGCGCCCGCUGGCCCCCACUCCCCCUGGGCCCCACCUCCCAGUGUCCUGUUAGCUGUGAACUCAGAGGGACGAACUCAUGAAUCUGGGGACUUCCCCAAAGCACCUGGGAGUGAGUGGGACCAAGGGAGCAACUAGAUGUAAGCUGUGACAGCAGCUCCCUCCUGGGCUGGGCAGAGGCUAGGCAUUGGCUCAGCAUAGCCAGCCCCCCAAAGUAGGCCAGCAGGCUGACGCCCACGUGUGCCACAGAACUAGAGGCUGCCGGCUGGAAGGCCCGGGUGCAGUGGCGGCACAGUUGGCUCCUCUUGGCUUGCAGACAGCUGCUGACUAGCUGUGUCUUCUCCAGCCGUCCUCUGGGCACCCACCUCUCUGGUCUCUGUGUGUCGUAGCCUCUCCUUACCGGACGUCGGUUAGGUUAGCGCAACCCUCAGAGCUUCACCUCAUCUUGACACCUUUUUAAGGCCUCUGCAUACACAGCCUGCAUUCUGUGGCAUAGCAGGGUAGGCCUCCCACAAGGGCAUUGGGGGGCAGGGGGACACAGCCCAUACCCUGUCUGGACUCGGGGACCCUGGGUCUCGGGCACACUUUGGAGGUCUAACAGUAGCAAGACCAGGCCCGAACUGGGUUACUGGCGGCCUUGGAGGAGACACAGGAGGGAGCUUCUUGGGUGCCAGGGUCAGCACCCGUAUUCUGUGCUGCUCUUUGUCCUUGGACCUUGGGAUGAAUUUGUCUCCCCCAAAGUUGUCCUCUAGUUCUCCAGACAUGGCCCACGGACUGGAGACGGACAGCCUUCCUGCUUUUUGUGUGUUUCUUCAUGUCUACCCUUCUUCCACCAUUGCUAGUAAGUCGUCUGCAGAUUUUGAAGCACUGUCUUCCUUGGGUGAUGAGGAACAGCUGAGGCGCAAGAAGGGCGGCAACUGGGCCCAACCCCCACAGCGUGCUAGUCUUCUCCAGACGGCCAGCCUCAGUGUGCGUGUUCUAGCCUCCUAGGAAUCGUGCCCUUGUAUGUCCUGCCUGCAUUUACUAUGCCAACUUGUGUAACUGGUAGGCUGUUGAAAUGGUAGCCAGGCGUGAUGGCGCAUGUCAGUAACCUCAGUAUUGGCAGGCUGAGGCAGGAGGGCCGCUGUGAGUUCAAAGGCAGC